GCCUGCAGUGGUCUUGGUGCUUUCUCUUCGGUGCGCCGCGCGCGGGGAGCGCGGCCCGUUUUGCAGCGUCGCUCUCCGAGGAUUGCAAGAUCUUAGCCCAAGAUGUCGAAGUAUUGACUAUCACGAAGAGAGUAGUGAUGGCGGCGGAGCCUUGUAGGUUGGCUGUAGACACACAGUGGAUCCUUGGAGGCAUGGACGACUUGUGUCUCUCUGACGCAAGUUUGUCAGAUACCGAGAACAGUGCCUUUGAUGCAGAUGCUGAGUCCCCAGGUGAUAGUAUGUGCUAUGCUCUGGCCAGCAACGCUUAUCUCGACACGAUCUAUGUGAGCGACUGUGAUGUACCACGGGACAGCCUUGGCCGUUCUCCAGUCACCUGCUGCUUUUGCUACAGUUGCUGCCAGAACAACUUGCCACCUGUGUCCGGCGAAAGAUCUGUCGGCGUUUCUUCCACCAGCAGUCGGACGAGGGAGGCUAGGGCCAGGAGGGGGUUGAGAAGGGCGAAGGGGAAAAGAGAGAAGCGUAGAGAGGGUACUGCUGAUGACUGUGGGAAGCAAUCCGGGACUGGCGUCUCCGGUUCACAUGUGUGCAGCCCGUCCGUCGUCAUGGCAAAUGACAGCUCUGAGGUUUGCAUGCGCGGCGGUGCUUGGUGCCCCUCAGGAGCACAUCCAAGCGCCGACCAGUGCCCGAGAGAAACCGACACAGCGUCGAUGGCGAACGACUCCUCUGCAUCGUUUUCGUCUGCGUCUUCUUCCAUCAGUCCCAGGUCAGAAUUGGUUCCAAGCUCCCCUAGUUCAGGGUACAUGGGGGGGGGUGUCUGCUGUGUCGUUGACGAUUCUUUUAUGCUUUCUAGCUCAGAUUACGAUUCUGAGGCAGAGUUGGGAAGUGUGGAUGUUGCAACCUCCCGCCUACGGUUCCCAGAAGGGCUCCAGAUUAUUGCUGGUACCGCUCAUCUUCAGAAGGAGGAGCUACCUGACAUUCAGACACAAGGUCUUCCAGUCCUAACGGUCCGGCAGCAGAGGGGGCUUGCAGGUGGGAUCUGGCAGCGCAGCUGGAUGUGGAAUACGGUUGUCUCUGUGUUCUUGACAGCUGCAGGUGCAUUCCUGACUGGUGGAGGUAUCAAAUUCAAGGUUGGCAGUCGAUGGCCAUCCGUGUAUCAACGAGGGGAGGUCCCAAGGCUGCGGCUGCCGGCUGAAGAAGACCGAAGGUAUCGGAUCCAGUACAGGGUGGCUCUAAAUGGGCACCUUGUGAUGGAAAAGGUGCCCCUGCAUGCUCGUCGCACAAGUGAAGAAGGAGAAGGAGAAGGAGAACAAGGAGAAGAAAGAAUGGAGGUGCACGGUGGACAAAAAAUGAUCACUGAUUCUGUCUGAUGAGAUGAGCAGCAGUGAAGUUCAGGAUGCCGGGUGUGUUGGCGAAGCAGGUUCGUGUAAGGAGGUCGGGACGUGGACGGGGUAAUGGUGGUCCUGAUCUCGCGUUAAAUAAUGAUAUGCUGUCGAUAUUGGUAAUGUGGUGUGGCGUCUUUUGGUUCUUGAUGCUCUCGUAUGGGAGAACGCCUGUAGAGAAAUUUGUUGUGUGGUCGUGGUGUUGACAUGACUUUGAGAGAGGAGCGAUCCGGUGCUGGUGGGUGCUAGAGCGAUGAGGGUGUGAGGGUAGGGAACAGAUGGAUGGAAGGACUGCAUGAUGGUACUUAGCGCUGACUAGAGGUAUGAUCCAUUCCGCUGUAGGGAAGCUGUCCUGCCUGUUAUUCCAAUCGCUUACGAUGUUAGUCCGGCAAGUCAUGCACGAAUAGGGCCACGAGGAAUGUACUAUUUUGUGCAGGGAGAAAGACAAUGAAGAGGAGAGGUGGAUAAUUGGGAGCGGCAGUGAAGAGAAGUUAAGAGAGAGAGAGAGAGAGAGAGAGAGAGAGAGAGAGAGAGAGAGAGAGAGAGAGAGAGAGAGAGAGGGGUGUUGUAUGGAGUUUGGGGAUGUUGUGGAUGGGAUUGGAAUUUCUAGCACUCAGGAAGUAGAGUGAUUGAUUUUUAAUUUUAAUCUUGAUUUAAUAGACUUGUAGAUUCGUAGAGGUAGAGCAGGCAGAACGAGACAGUGAAAGCUUCUCUGUUUUCUGUUGAGAAUUCGAUCGGCCCUGACAUGGUCUCAACUGUUCCGAAUUGAUUUGGAUUUGAUGCAAUCCAAAUAACUGCUGCGAAGGAGAGGUGAUUGACUUCGUCCUGAUAUGUUGAUAUUAGGGUUCUUUAACUUCUGCCCUUCUGACCCCCUUCCCUGCCCCUGUGCGGGCUCCUGGGAGUGUAGGGUUACAGCUCAUGCAAACGUUUCAGUGUUCAGGUGUGUGUGUGUGUGUGUGUGUGUGAGAGAGAGAGAGAGAGAGAGAGAGAGAGAGAGAGAGAGAGCGUUGAUGGGAAGAUUUAUAGUCUGUGCGAUAUCUGCGGAUCGUUAGGGAAUCGAAUUACAUUCGAACAAUUCAAAUAAACGGGACUUUCAGAAUGCCGCCAUGGACGCCAUUUUGCCAUGGACGCCAUUUGGGAGAGCGAGGUGAAAAGUGCAUAUGACUGUGCACAGGCAUGACGAACCUCUGGCUGUAGAUGGGGGGCCUGCUAGAGUUUAUGAACGGUUACGGAUCGUCCCAGGUGUUUCUUGUGGAGAGGUUUGGUACUCGUUGAUUUGCACAUGAUAAUUCUUUUUAUUGAUUAAUGAUGUUUUUGUUGGUCUUGUUUUAUCGCUCAUCUUAGCAGUAGGGCAAUAACUGGGAGGAAAGUAGCAAGAGAUGACCGAUGGAAACCUGUUUGACUUGUGAUGGCGUUUUGACCGUGAGCUAUCAAACAAGGAGAUCAUGGUUGAAGAUGCGCACAUUUCCUAUAGAUGGUGGGUUUUGUGUUGACGGACACGUUAAUUGGCAAUUCGUUUCCUCGGUUGUCUUGGAGGUUGGCACACAGUUGGUGAUCUGCACACCCUCAGACGAACUGUUGAUCUGCUGCUCAGUCAUCAUCUUUUCAUCAAAAGAUCGUUUGAGGAGCGAUUGCUGGUCGUGGUGAAGGGGCGUCGCUGUUUUUCUAGCUCGGAGCCCAAUCACUGAUCUUUCUGAUCAGCUGCAGGAGGUACGGCGCUUUUGGAGUAGA